GGAUCCCACAUCCCCGUGGGACCCCAUCCCCAGGGCCCCACAGUGGGGUGUUGGAUCCCACAGCCUUGGAGGACCCCAUCCCCAGCAUUUUGGGGAGACAUGGUUUUCUAUGCUUGGAAACUCUCCCAAGCCUGCAAAGACUUAUUUACCUACUUAAGAUUAUUCACGAGUAGUCCCAUUGACUUCAGUGUGACUACUCAUGUUAAAAAUUAAACGUGUGUAAAUCUGAUAUUGGCACUACGGUCUCUUUAAUUGAAAUCAGGGUCUUCAAGAUGGAAUGUAAUCUGCAGGUGAAGUCAAUGAGUCACUAGACCUGAAACCUCUCUCAUUGGUGUCUGUAGAUGUAGUUAGUCUCUGGAGUUUUAUUAUAAAUAGUACAGUUGCAUAGGUAGUUUGGUAGUAGUACUAGUUCUACUUUUACAUUACAGUGGCUAUGGGCCUUUCAGCAGAGAUGCAGCUUUCUUCAGUUCCCUUUCUAAGGAAGAAGAUAGACUAUGCCAGGGGAGAUCCUCUGUGUCUCCGGCUCUACAGUAGCAAGAGAAAGGAGGGUUACUCUAACUACAUAUAUAAAGUCCUAAAGCAAACUCAUCAAGUCUCAGGGGUUUCCUGCUGGAUUGCUGAUGUCAUAAAUUCUCUGGAUAAACCACAGUUGUUUGGGAAAGUUGCAUUAGAGGCUGCCAGGUUGUCUCUCUACAACAAGAGAAGCCUCAUUACCUGCAGGGAGGUCCAUGCUGCAAUGAAGUUAGUGCUUCUGCAUGAGCUCUCCAAGCAAGAUAGGUGUGAGACCAUCAAAGCUGUGACUAAGUCCACUGGCUGUAAAUGAACUCUUAUUGAUAUGUAAUGGUUUUAAUGCUUGUGAAGGUUUAAUGUAUAAUAAAGUACUUGUAACUAUU